AAUUUAUCCGCUACACGGUAUUGUAAUAAGAUGUGGUAAUUAUUUUUCUUUUUGUAAUUGGCAGUGGAGCACUGAUCACUACGGAAAGUGUUGAUGCUGGAUCGCUACUUUUUCAACAUCCCUUACGAGAACCAACUAAAUACAACAAAUUAAGGGACCAGCUGGAUGUGACUUUUGGCGAUAAGACAUUUAAAAUGACUUGCUGCACUGGUUAUGAACAAGGGAAAGAUUUCUGUAUGAAAUUCUUUCAAAGAAGACCUAACAACAAUUGCAGUGGAUAUAAACCAUCUGUUGUAGGUACUGGCUCGGGAGAUCCACACUUCACUACAUUUGAUGGGUUAAAGUUUGACUUUCAAGGAAUCGGAGACUUUACAGUGUUCAAAACGUUGUCUCCUUCAAUUACUGUUCAAGGGAGAAUGGAGAGAAUCAUCAAUGAUCGUAAAGCUACGUGGCAUACCGGCCUUGCCUUUGGAGACACUGAUAAAUCAUUUGAAGUGACUGGCACAAACAAUGGGCCAACAGGAUGGAGAAUUGUGGAGUCCAAUAAUGAAAUAACUGACCAACUUCCACCGGUCAGUAGAUGGCCAGAUGAUGACACUACUUUAGUACAGUUACGGAGAGAUAGAAACAACAAACUUACUGCAGAUUUUUUCAGAAGUGGAAUAUCACUAAUUAUUAAUUUGCACUGGUACAAAAACUUUAAUUUCUUUAGCUACAAACUUAAAGUCCCCACUUCAUACAUGCGUCAAGUACGAGGAUUGCUUGGGAAUUUUGAUGGUAGUCUUAGUAUUGAUCGUGAGCUAUUUACAAGAGAGAACCAGCCUGUACCCUACACAUCGGAUCAAGGAGUUUAUUCCGCUAUGACCUCAUGGAUGGUGACAGAGUCACUUUUAUUUCGUAAUGCUUAUGUACCUGUACCUAAUGAUGAUGACCAUGGUGCAAGAAAGAGGCGUCAAGCACCAAAUGCAUAUACUCCAAUAUUUUUUGAUAACUUGAAUUUUACUGAUGCACAAAGAACGCUCUGUGAAAACAAUCGACAGUGUCUGUACGAUUUGUUGAUUACUGAAGACAAUGAUGUCGCACAGACUACAUUGGACACAGAAAAAGAAACUAGUAUGACCAUUGCAACUUUAAAUAAUUUUCCACCAAACAUUUCAGCUGAAGCUACUUUAAGGGUCAACCUAGGGGAACAGUCUGUUCUCGCUCUAAGUUUGGUUGAUUCGGAUGAUAAUUUUACGUUGAAUAUCCAAGAUGGUCUACCUGACAGCCCCAUAUUGGAGAAGAUAUCAGAUGGGGAGUAUUUCUUUAUGUGGACUUUGCAACAAGUUACCAACAAGACUCUUGUGUUCAUUGCUAACGAUACGAGAGGUGCUGCCUCACUUUUCAUUCCAACUGUGGAAAUCUGUGCCUGUGUCAAUGAAGGAGUUUGCACACUGGACGGUUUACUCACCAGCAAUACCACUGUUGUGAUGAACUGCUUGUGUAGUGAAGCGUAUGACGGGAGGUUCUGUCAGGAAGAUCGCAAUGGCUGUUCGGAGAUCCAGUGUUUUGAGGGGGUGGAGUGCAUGGACAUUCCUGCUCCUGGGGUGGGGGCGGUGUGUGGAGAUUGUCCCCUGGGUUACACAGGAGACUCACUCAAGUGUUACGAUAUUGACGAGUGUUUCCUUGAUGCUAAUCUAUGUGAACAAGUAUGCACAAAUACUGAUGGAGGAUUUGUGUGCUCUUGUGUGGAAGGCUACCAGCUUAUGGCAAACCAGUGCGAAGGUAUAUAUAUAUAACAUUUACGGUAUAGAGCUACACCUAAAAACAAUAAACAGCAUUUCUGUUAAUUGCUCACCUAACCAAGAGUAAGUGUGUGCCAAGUAUGGGCUCGAGGAUAACGUGGUGCACAAGGUGAUCAAAGCUGAGUGAAUUUUUACUAGAGCCCAUCCAAGUGCACCAGCAUUAAGACACAUGAUCUUGGCUCA